AUGAAUUUUUCGGAGCCUUGUGACGAUACCAAGUCUAACACUACGGAAAAUUUUCACCAAAUAUUGCAUAACGGCGUCGCUAGUCAAGACUUCAUUCACAGCUCACCAUCAGCGGGUACCACUAAAUCGAACCUCAUCGAACGGAACUCCACAAUCUCUGAGUCUGCCUCUGCUAGUGAGUCUGCCACCGAGAGCACAGGAAGUGGUUUACACCGCAAUCGAAACGUGUCGGUUGUUACUCCAUUUCUUGCCAAGCAUCUCAGCGACCAGAACCAAAUUCCACGAGAUAACUAUUACAGAUACUGUUAUCGCCACAAUCCAGAAGUCACUUGCAACAAAGAAGCCGACGACAGCAAGAUGACAUAUAUUCAGAAGAGUCUCGAAAAACUUCCAUCCAGAGACCAGGAAGCCAUCAACCAUGUAUGGUCCAUCUUCAAUGCAGCUCCAGAUACUCAUCGAAGGCUUAUUCUUCGUGGGAUGCUCUCACAGUGUUGCUUUCCUCAGCUUUCCUUUGUUUCCCAGGAGGUCAGCUCUCUCAUUCGCAUAGAUUUCCUUUCGGCAUUGCCAUCUGAAAUCUCACUAAAGAUUCUCUGUUACUUGGACUGUGCUUCUCUUUGCAACGCAGCGCAAGUUUCAAGAAAAUGGAAGUCUUUGGCAGAUGAUGAUAGAGUAUGGCACCAUAUGUGUGAGCAACACAUUGAUAGAAAGUGCCCCAAUUGUGGAUGGGGUCUUCCCUUGAUGCAUAUGAAGCGUGCACGAGAAAUGAACGACGAAGAUUCAAAGCUGAGCGCAUCUCCUGUGACUUCUCCAACUUCUACCAUGUCUUCCGUUGGUGAAAAACGUGAGCAUGAAAGUGAUGAAGUUGAAAAUGAAUUAAAGAGAAUAAAAAUGUCACAAAAUGAGCACGCUCGUCAGAAGAAGGUUUUGAAGAAGCGUCCUUGGAAGUCAGUUUAUAGUGAGCGAUACAAGCUCGAGAAAAACUGGCGGAAAGGUUUAUGUACCAUCAAAACUUUCCAGGGACACACCGAUGGUGUCACAUGCUUGCAGUUCAAUCAAAAGUAUUUGAUGACUGGAUCUUACGAUGCCACUGUGAAGAUCUGGAGAGUUGACACAGGUGAAUGCAUAAGGACUUUAACUGGUCACAAGAAGGGAAUCCGCUCGUUGGCAUUUGAUGGCCAGAAGUUGAUUACCAGUGGACUUGAUUCGACGAUUAAGGUCUGGAACUAUCAUACUGGUAACUGCAUUUCAACUUAUAGAGGGCAUACGGAUGCUGUGGUUAGUGUUGAUUUCCUGAACAAGACAAUAGUGUCUGGAUCUGCUGACCAUACAGUGAAGGUGUGGCAUGUUGAUUCUCGAACAUGCUACACCUUGAGGGGCCACACGGAUUGGGUGAACUCAGUAAAGAUUCAUGCAUUGUCCAACACUGUUUUCAGUGCAUCUGAUGAUACAACAGUGCGUAUGUGGGACCUUGAAAACAACAAUUGUCUUCGAGUCUUUGGAGGAGUCAAUAAUAAUGGUCAUAUUGGACAAGUUCAAUGCGUGAUUCCGUUUAUUUACAAUAACGAAUUGGUCGAAGACGUUUAUGAGAGCGAUACAGGAUUGAACCAACCCAGCAGAAGUAACGAAAGUGUCAAUCUUUCUGGAGAUUCCGAUCCAUCAGAGCAGUUUGCAAGUGAUAGCGAGAUCAAUAACACCCCACUUCCCGAAAAGCUGGGUUAUCCAACGCACUUGUUAACUUGUUCUCUCGAUAACACUAUCAAGCUUUGGGAAGUUAAAUCUGGAAAAUGUAUCAGAACUCAAUUUGGCCAUAUCGACGUUGUGUGGUCUUUAAGUGCUGAUACAUUUAGGAUUAUAAGUGGCGCUCACGAUCGCUUAGUAAAGGUUUGGGAUUUGCAAAAUGGUCGUUGCUUACACACUUUCAGCAACAAUUCUAGCGUGAGUUGCGUCGGAUUGAGCGAUUCCCGCUUUGCAGCUGGAUUGGAGAAUGGUACUGUGAAAAUGUGGUCGUUUGAUUGA